AAACAUAUAUGUAUUAUUUCCAGCUGCUUCCACAUCAAAAGUCAGAGAUUGAAUGUAUGAUUGAUCUGUGUUGACCCCACAAAUCCAAAUCAUCAAUCCUGACCAUUCCUUAAGUUGGUUGAAGAUUAAGAACCAGUCCAAUCAUUGCCAUGGUUUCCAAGAAAGCAGGGUAGGAGUGGAUUCAUAGAUCCAACACCUCUCUUAUGCAGAUUAAAGGAAACCCAGUUUGGUAAAUCUUCAAAGCACCAGGUACCUCUUUGCAACAUAUUUAACCAUUUUGUUUGAAUGAGAUUACAGUCUAGAGUUAGAAACCUUAUAGCUCAGCAUCAUAGGUAGACCCAGUUAUAAAGUUGAAUCCUUUAUGAGUUUUGAAGCAAUUUACAGGUUAAAAUUAGUUAGUGCUUAGGAACAUGACACAGUUAUAAAGAUCAAACAUUUGGGUAUAAGUAUAACCCAAUUCACUGAAUCGGUGAAUCCAUUAGUGGUGCUUUGGAUUUCUAGUUUUGAAUAUUUUGAUCGGAAGUUUGUGGAUGGGUGAAGAGGGACUGGUCAGUGAUGUCAAGGACACAGCUGCUGCCAAACCAAACCCAAAGUUGACACUUCUGCCUCUUAUAGCUCUGAUUUUCUAUGAGGUUUCUGGGGGUCCUUUUGGAGUUGAGGAUUCAGUCAGGGCUGGAGGAGGCCCUCUUUUGGCAUUGCUUGGUUUUUUGGUGUUUCCAUUGUUUUGGAGCAUUCCAGAAGCUUUGGUGACAGCUGAGCUUGCCACAAGCUUCCCUGAAAAUGGUGGAUAUGUGCUGUGGAUCCAAGCGGCUUUCGGGCCAUUCUGGGGUUUCCAAGAGGGUUUCUGGAAAUGGUUUAGUGGUGUUAUGGACAAUGCUUUAUACCCAGUUUUAUUCUUGGAUUACUUGAAGCAUUCAUUUCCCAUAUUUAACCUGAUGGUUGCUCGAAUUCCAGCUCUUUUGGGAAUAACAUUCUCAUUGACUUACUUGAAUUACCGCGGGCUGCAUAUUGUUGGGUUCUCUGCGGUUUCCCUUGCUGUGUUCUCACUGUGCCCAUUUGUUGUGAUGGCUAUUCUCUCGAUUCCUAGAAUUAGGGUCAAGCAGUGGCUAGUUGUGGACUUUAAAAAGGUGGAGUGGAGGGGAUACUUCAAUAGUAUGUUUUGGAAUCUGAAUUACUGGGAUAAGGCAAGUACCCUUGCAGGCGAGGUUGAAAAUCCAAGCAAGACAUUUCCAAAGGCUCUUCUUGGGGCUGUAGUUGUGGUGGUUUGUUCAUACUUGAUUCCACUUCUUGCUGGUACCGGAGCCUUAAAUUCUCCAUCUAGUGAGUGGACUGAUGGAUACUUUGCAGAAGUUGGGAUGUUAAUAGGUGGCGUUUGGCUCAAGUGGUGGAUUCAAGCAGCUUCUGCAAUGUCGAACUUGGGGUUGUUCGAGGCAGAAAUGAGCAGUGAUGCCUUUCAACUUCUUGGGAUGAGUGAGAUGGGAAUGCUUCCGACUAUAUUUGCUUCAAGGUCUAAGUAUGGAACUCCUACCAUAAGUAUUUUGUGCUCUGCCACUGGAGUCAUCUUCUUGUCGUGGAUGAGUUUUCAGGAAAUCUUGGAGUUUUUGAAUUUCUUAUAUGCUAUAGGAAUGCUUCUUGAGUUCGCUGCUUUUAUAAAGUUGAGAAUAAAGAAACCAGACCUUCACAGACCUUACCGAGUUCCCUUGCAAACAUUUGGGGCAACAAUGCUUUGCUUGCCUCCUGCAUUGUUGCUUAUUCUCGUUAUGUGCUUGGCUUCUCUGAGGACUUUCUUCGUAAGUGGUGUGGUGAUUAUAGUGGGUCUUUUGUUAUACCCUCUUUUAGUUCAUGCAAAGGACCAUAGAUGGGCACAGUUUGAAGCUGAACUACCCACUGAGGCACCCAAGAACUGUUCGGACGGCCACUCUGUGGUUUCACAUUUGCAUCAAGAAGUUCAAGAUGAAUCUUCUGUUAGCCUUCUCUCGGACUUGCGAUCUGUUAAUGCAGAACAAGAAUCUUCGACAAUAAGGCCAGAAGAAGCCUUCAAAUUAGAGUAAGUGGCCUUUAUCAUACUUCUGUACUACAAAUAUGUGUAUCACUAAAACUUUCACAGGUUGACCAAUUACAAAGGAGCGUAUUCUUUAGCUUGUAAAGAGCUUGUAAAGAAGCUGUAAUCCUAGUACUUGUAAGUUGUAACAUAGCAUAUUUGAUCUUUCGCUAUGCCAUGGUUGGUAUAAAGUUAUGGUCAUUUAAGUGUACUUGAACAGGCCACAAUGUGAGGGAUUAUAUUUUGUGUCUGAUCAUCACAGAACUUCAAAGUUCUGUAUGAUAUAUGAAAAAUGUUUUAAGC